AUGACUAAACUAUUAAUAUCUUUAGCUUUACUAUCAAUCACCACAUGUUUGGCACAACAGAUACCGUACCGACAGCUGAAUGACGGCCACAAGAUUCCGAUCGUCGGUUUAGGUGGUAAUCAUGUGACCGAACAGUCUAUUAAGGACGCACUGGAUGCCGGGUAUAGACAUAUUGAUACCUCACUCAACUACAUGGGAGGCGCCUCAGAGGCGGCCAUCGGAAAGGUAUUGAAAGAGACGUUCAAAGAAGGAAAGAUCAAACGGCAAGACGUUUAUAUCACCAGUAAAUUGGAGACCGAAUACCAUCCCCGCAAACAAGUCUCCGAAGGCAUCAAGAAGUCACUGACUAAUCUGGGACUCGAGUAUCUCGACCUAUACCUCAUCCAUACCCCUGCUUCCAGUAACGGGACAAACAUCACUGUUGGGGAGACUUGGGAGGGGAUGAUAGAUGUCCUGAAGGCAAACCUCACCCGAUCUAUAGGUGUCUCCAACUUCAAUGAGAAACAAUUGGAUGAAGUGAUAGCCAAAGGUGUCGUUCCGGUCACUAAUCAAAUCAUAUGUAAUCCCUAUAUAAAUCAGAAUCAGAUUUUGUCGUAUUUGAAUAAACAUAACAUAACUCUAACGGCUUAUUCACCGAUCGGUGGCACCCGUUAUCCGGAUCUUCUCAAAGAUAAGAAACUCAUUGAAAUCGGAGCCAAACAUAACGUGACCUCAGCUCAGGUGGCCCUCAGAUUUGAGAUCCAGAGGGAUAUCAUUGUUAUCCCAAAUUCACAAAACCCUAAAUAUCUCAAAGAAAACGUCGAUUUAUUUAACUUUAAAUUAACGGAUGAAGAGAUCAAAGAAAUCGAGGCUCUGAAUAAAAAUUAA